AUGAGUGGCCGAGCGGGAGCCUACAAGGUGGGCAAGAGAUACACAAAGGUGAGGAGACACGACGCAGUAGGCUUUCGCUUCCAUCAUUUGCAGGUGUCCAUCACCCGUAGCCCCUCAUUCACGCAGCAGUCCGCUCUACGACGACGUAUGAAGCGCAUUGAAGCGAGUGUCGAACAGAGACAUCGAGCUCUUUUCAUGCGUGAGACAAAGAAGGGGCGACGUAUAGACAAGAUACCUGUCUCUCAGCGACACUAUUUCGUGGAGGGGCUCGCCGACGCAACUGAUUACAUAGUGGUACACGCAAACAACCAUGAAUGUAUUCAUUUGCCGUCCAUCCAUCAAUUCAACUACCUUGUUUUCAUGUCUCCCCCUCUCUCUUCCUGUCCGUCCCUUUAUUCAUUCACACACUGACUGCAGGAAAAGAUGCGGAUGAACGUCAUUCCUGGCAAGCAACAGGAAUCGUGCCUCGAAAACCAACGUACUUGUGUGUAUCUUUGGUGCAUUUCAGGUGAUCUGACCGAGUUUGCCAUUAGGCUAGCGUUCCUCUGGCAGUAUCGUGACAAAGCAGAUGUGGAGCGGCAUAUCGAGACGCGAAGGUCCCUCUCGAAAGGCGAGCUGCCACACUUGGUAUGACGGAGGAUUGAGUCCUCCGGAGAUGUCGCAGUGCCAAUUGGCGCUUGCGGAUCGCUCGGAUGCCUUCCUUAUUGUGGGUUUCUUGUCAUUCUGCCCUUCAGGUGCCCAAGAAAAGGGCGUCGGUUUGCAGCGAAGCGCCGGGCGGGAGUGACAACAACAAUCGCGGCAGAGACCAGGCCGAUUAUUCGUCGAGCGGUGAAAGCCGAGUGGAGUCUGAUGCUGCAGAUGAUUCCGCACCUGUCCCUGUUGGCCGAAAUGUCCGUCGCGGUAGAUUGCUACCCACCCUGCUUGGUGUUGAGAAAGAGGUGACGAAAGUUCUCCCAUUACGAGCCUCGAUAACAUCGAACAAGGGAAGAAGCACAAAGUUGCGGGCUGGCUGGCGUCUCCUCGGCCACUACCGCCGAAGCCCAGCUUGGCGAAGGACUAUGAGACGGCGUUCAAAGUCUUCCGACUGUCUCAGCGAGUAGCCCUGGAGGCCCAUGAGAAGGAUCCCCUGGCCGAGAAGAGCGAGGCCGAGAAGCAGGCACAGCUGAAGAGAGAAAAGGACGUGGACACGAUGUUCGCUGUCGAAAUAUACGACAGCCCAAUGGCUUUCGCUGACAUGUACUUUUAUGUAACGAACAUCCAGGUACGCAUCAGGCACUCCAAACAGAGAGAAGGAAGCAGUGCCUCCCUCUUCUAUGUACAGUUCAUAACCCCGACAGACAUACGAGAGGUAUAAACAGGCCGCGAUGUCCGUGUCUCACUCGGUUUUUCCCUUUACAUGUACAGUUCUAUUUGAUGUUUCAAAGGAGGAAAAGCAAGCGGCUGUGGGCCUCUCGCACCAUCCAAAACGCGUGGCGGGCAUACAGAAGACGCAAAUUCUUGAAGCGCUUCAGGACUAGUGUGGAGCUCUCCAGACGGAAGAUGCAGGAGAAAGCCGGACAAAAACUGUCUGAUGCAGAAGCAAGACUGAUUGAACAAAGGCGCUCGACAGCAGCUACUGGGCCUGAAAAUCGAUCUCAAUCCACGUCAUCAAUCAACAGCUCUCGAAGAGACACACGUCAGCAACAACAGCGAACAAGAAAGCCGGCACAACGCGAGAGCAUCAUACAUGCUAGGUCUCUUCGUCACAGCCAGGCCGUUGCCGCGUAUGAGCCUGAAUAUGAAAGUGCCUCGGAGGAACUGACCUCAUUCGAGGGGUCUAUGUCUGGUGGAGGCGACGGCGAAGCCGUGCUGGACGACUGGGAUGAAGCAGAACAUGCUAGGCAUCGUAAGUAGCAUAUGGUAGGGAAGAGGGAAAGAAUGACGCAGUGCUUGCGUUGAUGUGAACAGAGAAUGACGUCUUUGAGUGCGUGUGAUUUACGAGGGUCCAGUAGAG